AUAUGAGAUGGAUAAUCUCGGUUUAAGGUUUAAAAGUGCUAUGAAGGCGUUUUAAGGAGAAGCAAGAUGUGGCUUAACGAAGUUGUAAAGGAUCCAUCAUCCAGUCAGUUAAGAAGGUUGUGUAGUGAAACGCAGAAAACGUCCAUUUACGACAGAAAUGUUACCCCUCGACGCCGUAAUCAGCAUCUUCGAGAGCAAUCAGUUGGAGGAAUUCAUAAGUGGCUAUGGUUUGGAGCAGUUGGAACUGUGCUGGGCGAAUAGUUUGGUGCAAUGUGAUUAUCGCGAGAAACGACGUCUUAUUCUGGCCCUGAUCGAUGCUGGCAUUGAUUGUGAUUUACGAAACGAGCAGCAGCUGACUCCAGUUGAGCAAGCUCUGGGCCACGAUGCCCAUCUGAUGCUCGAUAUGCUGAUCACGGAAGCCAACAAAUGGUCUACCCAGGAUAUGGUGUACAGGCUGGUGCGUCGAGGAAACGUUGAGAUAUUGAAGAUGUUUUGGAAGUUGAGGGAGGUAAGCGAAAUGGAACAGUUCUGUUCGAUUUCGCUGGCGCUGGAAGAACUUCGGAUGAAGGGAGUCCCCGAACGAGAAGAUAUGAUCAACUACUGCCUGAAGGUUUUGCUGAAAGUAUUCUACAGCAGUGAUGAUUGUCGAGUAGUUUCUCAGCAGGAUCGAAACGAGUCGAUCGGUGAAAGGUUACAAAUAAUCAUGGAUGAGAUCGGGUUUCUAAGUAAGUUUGUGAAUGAUGAUUAUAUAGAUAUAAACGACGAAUUACUUGCAUCGCUGAAAAUCAUAUCGGAGAAUCUAUACCUGAUUGAUCUUAUGUGGAACGACGAUAUGGAACUGUUGGGUCCACGCUGGCUUUGGAGCAGAUUGAGACCCAGAAAAUGUAUAUUUUGUUUGGAGAUUUUUUAUGUUAUUAAUACUGAAGUCAAAAUAGACCAGGAAUACUAUGCCAUGUUACUCGAUAAAAAAUUCAUCUUGCAGCUACUUGAAAAUCUGGCCCGAGAGAUAAAAACCAUUGUAAAUAGCAGAAUCGAAGAUAGACAAUUGGAUGGGUCAUUAGAUCGCGAUCUUCUGGAAAUGGUAGCUAAAUUCGAUAAACCGCAUCAUUGGGAUGCGAAACUACACGCUUUCCUUAGAGAUUAUUGGUAUAACAUGCACCCUCGUGUGCGUCUGCGAAAAAAGACGAUUCAAAUGGCUGUCGAAAUAGUGAGGAAAAAACGGAAGCAAAAUGCCAGUGGUUCGCUGUUUAGGCCUAGCUUAUCCUGUAAAUCCAAACGCUUGAUGAAGCUACUUGAUCGCCGUUACGAUCACUUGAAGUCGCUGUAUUCCAUCAAUCGGAUGUUGGCAGCCAUCCAGGCCGUGAAGGAUAUUGCGUUGACCGAACGAGUCGCCAAACAGUACGCGUACUUCGCAUUUCGACGGGUAUUUGCAGUGAUUGGCGAAAGUAUCAAAUGUACCGCGGCAACGCACAAUCUGAACGCAAACCUUCGAUCGAUUAUGUCCCGGCAAAGUACCAGGAGAGUAGUACGGAUUUACGAACAGCAACGAGACAAACUAGCACAUGGGAUAUCGCUUACGGACGUUAAUUUGCGGAUAAGAAUUGAGGAAAAUGAUCUUCCAAACAAUGUUCUGCUACAGUAUUGCAAGGCUGCUCAGGAAAAUCUUCGUCGACAGUAUUUGAAUUUGUCAUUUCAUUUGAAUUUUGUACUUCUGAGGACGGUUCGUUUCGGAUUGGGUCGCCUAAUGCAAUUGAAAUCCGUUCAACAAUGCAAAUCUCUCUGUGAAAUGGUUUGUGGAGUAAUAGAUCCCACGCAAACGCUAAGCGGAGAAGUUUCACCUUUCGAUUUCAACGUGAUCAAUGAAUUGUUCGGUAAACUAAGCGUGUCGAGUCUGAGCGAUGCACAUUUAGCUUGUGUGGUGGAAAUGUGGGAAGACGUUAGAGCUGCCCAAAGAGACAUUCGCAAGCACGGCUGCGAUUUGCAAGAGUAUAUGAAAGCCGUUCGGGGCGAAUUUUUCCGAAAUAGAUUCGCUGACGAUUUGAUUUUUCUCAAAAACAAGGUCAAAUUGUUGCUGGUGGACGCAUUUGACUACUAUCACAUAAAAUCGCUUGGGAAAAUUCGGAAAACAAACGAAAAGAUGGCUGAAAUGUUGUAUUCUCCAGAUAUACAAGUGGAUACGCUUAAGAUAAUGUAUUCGUUGAAUCAAAGUUUAGCCAACAUGGAACGGAAAAGUAUUGAAAUGAGUGAAAUUCAUAUGGGUCAAUUUAUCCUGCACCAGAAUGAGUUAUACACGGAGGAAAUUCUAAACCAACUAGGAGUAAGUUUGGACACGCAGAAAUUUUACAAACUACAUGAUGCCUUAGGGAGCCGAGUUUAUGAUCCAUUGAGCAAUAGGUUUGUGGCAAACGUAUUUGCGAUCGAUAAGAAGUUUCAAAUUUGGGAAACACUUCUGAGAGAACAAAAGAUACGAUACAAUCCCACUGUUUUGGCAAGCGCUCGCAAAAAGGACGAAUCCAAAUUUUAUCGACUGUUUCUGCAAAUGGUCCAAUACUUAAGUGAUCUAAACAGCCUAGAAGUGUGUCAGAAAAACGAAGAUGCUCGCAACCUAGCUAUUGAGAUCUGUCUUUUGGAACUUUGUCAGGUAUUGGAACAUACCGCGCCGUUUAGAAAAAGACAUGAUUGGCUGUCGGUGCCAACGCCUUUAGCUUGUGGACAUAUGCUGAGAAAUGUGCUUGCGCAUGAUGCUGUGAAUGUGGCAUCUUUCAUCGACUGCUCACAGCGCGUUUUGAGCCUGACGGUUGAAGUUUUUGACGAGCUACGCCAUAAACUUUUUCAACGGAAUGAGAUGACCUUCAAAUUGCCAAAGUUCUCGAGCAAGGCUAAAUAUGUGCGAAGGAAGAGGUUUAUGACUGAACAAAACCAUGUUCUGGAUUUAGGUGUAGAUUCGAUGUUGUUACACAGGAAUCCGAGGUUGGAAAUUUAUGGCCGUUGGUUGAACAUAAGACCAGACUUCAAGACGCGGUGGUACAAUUACCUAGAUGUGAUUAUCCUGAGAAAUCCAAAUGAAGCUAUUGAUUAUAUGGAGGACAAACAGGCUUCAACGGUUUUUGAGUACGUGUGGAAACGUGUGGGUUACAGCGUUUUCUUCGGAUACUAUCUUUGUCACGAUUUCCUAAAAAAUGUAAAAUUGACUAAAGUUAUCAACGGGAUACCUUUUGACAUAACGCUUCUCCCUGAGACCGCCGCCAGUUUAAUAAAACCUAGGCGCUCCAAUUUUUUGAACUCGAAAGCUAGUCUGUCUCGAACGUUUAAGACGAAAGAAAUUCUCAACAUCUGCAUGAUAACCGGUCAGUUGAAUCGGUUCUCUGCGAUUUAUGCUGGAAACAGCGAAAAAUUUGAUCUUUUAUCAAAUUCGGAUUUCCGAAGUCCACAUCUUGUAGAGAGCCUUGCCUCGAUACUUCCUUGGAAAACCACCAACGAUCAAGGACAGAACCUGAUACACCUCCUAUGCAUGACAAACAAUCAAACAUCACUAACCAGAGCUCUUGAAUUGGCCGAAACUGAACCGCUAAUAGAUGCCAAAGAUGUGCUUGGCAACACACCGAUGCACGUGGCCGCUCUCAAUGGAUAUAUGAGCGUUGUGAGCAUCCUUCUGAAAGCCAAACCUUCAAGCAUGCCCCCGGAUUGCUUACCAUGGAUGGUUCUUGGUCACCAAAAUGACUUUUUAAAGCACUUCGACUACGAAGGAAUCAGUUUGGACCAGCUCGUCGGAACUCUAAGGUGCUUCAUCGGAUCCAGCGGUAACGUGGAAUCGCUCCAUCUCUUCAGACAUUUCAUCGAAGCAUCAACGUACUCGAAACUAUUCGGAAGGGAAGGAUUUUCUGCCGUACUACACUACGCCUUCCGGUCACAGCGUAAACAUCAUUUCGAACACCUUUUAGACAUAUCAAGAACACUCUCACUGACAGCUAGCGAUUGGUUUAAUGUUUUAAAAAAUACUAAGACAGGUAAAUUUAAGUAUUUAUGUAAUUUAUUAGCCAACGGACUAGAGACCGACUUCAACACAAUCUCUAUGAUAGCGGCACAGAACUGCUUCAAAUGGAUUAAACAUAUUUAUUCGCAUAACAAUGUCCAGCUUUCGGAUGAGGAUAUCCAAUACAUUCUCGAUACGCUUGCACACAGUGACCUAGACUUGAAACUGCACAAUUUUUUUAUAGCUCAACUAUCGUUGAAAAUCAUUCCCCUUUCUCUCUUACAAAAAGCUCUGCAUCGACACUCGUUCAAAAGUGUUCGCUUCCUCUGCGAAACCUUUCCUUCCGCAUGGAUCGAAUGUUGCGAACGAUCGGAAUUUCACCCCAUUCUAAUGGCGUUUAACGCCGUCGAACGAUGGAAUUCUUUACGCCAAAGCAAAACCUUUCUCAAAUUCCUCAUCGAAACCUGUCCCAACAUUCAUACGCAGCGAUCCAUUCUACACGGCGCUAUCCAGUUCGGUGAUUUGGAUAUCGUCCGCCAUCUAUUGGCGAAAAAAGCCCCUCUUGACCAGGAGGACGCCGGCUUCACUCCUCUAGCAGUGGCCGCCCACUACCUGAUAACGGAAAAUGUCAAGCCUUCCAUUUUCGAAGAACUCCUCAAACGCGGUGCUAGUCUUGAAUUCUUACUAAACAAAAAACCCCAUUAUUUUUUCCAACUAAAAUUUUUAGAAAAUCUACUUAAUACACCAUCCUUUUUCGAUCCCACCCUGAUACAUCCGAAUUGUUCGGUCGUACACAACGUUUGCCACAUGGGUAGCGUUCGAAUACUGAAAAUGCUUGUCGAAGAACGACACCUGGACAUCCACCUGCUGUACCGUGGAAGUUCGGUGCUGGAUGCGUGCAUUUACGGUAAUUCUUUGAGUGCCUUACGCUACCUGUUGCCACGCAUCAAGCAACCGGCUUGCAUUUUGACGGCCCUGGUGGAAGCCAUUAGACACGAUAACGUUGCCGCAGUCCGGGUGAUACUUCCGUACGUUGCGGAAUCAAACGGUAGCAAGUUUCUGGAAUCACUAGCGGAGGCUGCACACCGAGCCAGGAAGCUUCGCGUGUUUAUAUAUUUCUUCCACCUGGCAGUGCAGCGACCGGAGCCUUAA